UCUAAAUCCUGCCAUUCCUGCCUGACCUGAUUCCUGAAUCCGGAUUUCCGGAAUCCUCAGUCAGAAUGUCAGACAGAAUAGCAAUAAGUUAAAAUAAAAAAGUUAGCUCAUCGUAUUCGUAAAUUCGUAGUGAUUCCAGUGAUUCCUGAGGACCAGUUUGUUUCAAGAAUCAAGACUUCAAGUUAGGAAGUUUUUUCCAGAAAAGUGUAUUGUAGGCUAGGCCUAGGCUACUUCUACUUUGUACAUGAAUAACUAUAAAGUCUAUAAACAGGGUUUAUGAAGAAAAUAAACAGAUUUGAAGUGGAAAAGGAACUUAAACUAACGUGGCAAGAAAGAUAAUGUACAUAAUAUCUGAUUAUAUCGGAACUGGAGUGUAUCAGAGACUGGAGUACAAUACUUUAAAAAGCUGCUAACAAGAUUAAUCUCUUACUUCCUACACUAAAGCACAAAUUAAAAAGAGGCAAUAAGAUUUGAAGAGGAGAAGUAACCUCAAUUCAAGCUGCAAGAAAGAUAAUUUAAAUUAUCUGAUAUAAUACUUUAAACAUCAGCUAACAGCAUUAAGUUUUUACCACACUUUAAGUAAUUCACUACAUAAAACUUAAAUUAUAGGCCUACAUGACUUUUAUAUGGCUGAUGUGGCUGAUGCAGUAUUAUAUGAAGAAAAAAUGGAACAUUGAAGCAACUUUCUCAUUUAAAUAAAUAGGCUAAUUUAAUUUGAUGGAACAUAAAAGUCAAGCAAAACAAUCAAAUUGCCAUUAGUAGCAUAUGUUGUAAGCCAUUUUAUACACAUAACAUCAUUAGAUCAAAAGGUGUUUUAAAGUUGAUUAAUACAUGUACAUAACUGUUAAACGUUUAACAAAUCAAACACAAAUAGACAUACAAAGCCCACCUGCUAAUUCCAAUUAGUUUCUGGCAUGUCUAAUUAAGUAGAAGUCAGAAAUAAAAAACUAAAACGUGUUAAAGAUGUAUAAAAAACCUUCGCUUGAGUGUCCAAUAUGUAGAAAAACGUUUUCAACUUCAUUUAAAAUGAAAAGUCACAUAUAUUUACACACGGGCGAGCGUCCCUUUAGAUGUUUGACAUGUGAGAAAACAUUUAUUCAACGACAACAUGUAGUGUAUCAUAUGUUGACACAUUCAGGGAAGUGUCCUUAUAAGUGCACUUUGUGUGGAAAAUCCUUCAAAACCAAGGCCAAUAUGAAGAGUCAUACAUUAUUAGUUCACACCGAAACACGACCUCACAAGUGCACUAUAUGUGGAAAAUCCUUUAAAACCACUGCUUUAAUGAAGACUCAUACAUUAGAUCACACAGGAGAGCGACCUUAUAAGUGUACUAUAUGUGGAAAAUCCUUAAAAACUAAGGACAUUAUGAACAGACAUAUAUUUGUUCACACCAGAGAGCGAAAUCAUAACUGCACUAUAUGUGGAAAAUCCUUCAAAACUAAGGAAUAUAUGAAGAGACAUACAUUAGUUCACAAAGAAGAGCGACCUCAUAAGUGCACUUUAUGUGGAAAAUCCUUCAAAACCACUGCUAAAAUGAAGAGUCAUAAAUUAGUUCACACUGAAGAGGGACCUCACAAGUGCACAAUUUGUGGAAAAUCCUUUAAAUCCACUGCUAAAAUGAAGAUUCAUACAUUAGAUCACACAGGAGAGCGACCUCAUAAGUGUACUAUAUGUGGAAAAUCCUUCAAACGGAAGGAAAUUAUGAACAGUCACAUAGUUGUUCACACCAGAGAGCGACAUCAUAAGUGCACCAUAUGUGGAAAAUCCUUCAAAACUCAGGACUAUAUGAGGAAACAUACAUUAAUUCACAAAGAAGAGCAACCUCAUAAGUGCACUAUAUGUGGAAAAUCCUUUAAAACUAAGGACUAUAUGAGGAAACAUAGAUUAGUUCACACAGAAGAGCGACUUCACAAGUGCACUAUAUGUGGAAAAUCCUUCAAAACUAAGGACUAUAUAAGGAAACAUAGAUUAGCUCACACUAGAGAGCGACCAUCAUAAGUGCACUAUAUGUGGAAAUCCUUCAAAACCAUUACUUGCACGAAGCAAUUUACAUCAUUUCACACAGAAGAGCGACCUCAUAAGUGCACUACAUGUGGAAAAUCCUUUAAAACUAAGGACUAUAUGAGGAAACAUAGAUUAGUUCACACAGAAGAGCGACUUCACAAGUGCACUAUAUGUGGAAAAUCCUUCAAAACUAAGGACUAUAUAAGGAAACAAGGGUGUCUACCAACCGGGAAAUCCGGGAAAACCGGGAAUUGUACUUAUUUUUUAACUGGCCAUGAAAUGUACGGGAAUUGUCCUUAAAUGCCAGACUAAGUCCUUAAAUUUUUAAUGGGCAAUAAUUUUAUCGCUAGUUGGUUAGGAGCACAUAUAAGGUUUAUCAGAUGUUUGUUUGGUUUACAUUUUCAUAAAUUUAAUACUAGGGUAAUUAAUUGUGCAAUGAAAAACCAUUAGAAGCUCAAACCCAUUAAUAUUUUAUCACCACAAUCAAGUGUCACGUAAAGUACUUCCAAGAACCAUUGUGAAAGUAUCUUAGGUCAUAAAAGUUUUAUCACUUUUAUUCCUUUACAACUUCCAUUAUUUAUUACUUGGGUAAUUAUUAUGAGAUCCCAAAUCUAUUUAAUCAUGGAAAUAAUAGUUGUAUUAUAAUGGCAGUUAAAUUUCACUUCUGUACUUUUAUCUUCUUGAACAUUCAAUUUGCCGCUGGCCAUUGCCUACUGUCAUAAAACUGUUUAUGGUUUCAUACUAAACUUGUAACUAAUCUACAGUAUUUUUUUGUAAGUUAAAACUUUUUUUAUGGAUAUUACUUUCAAUUGACAAAACCACAAGUAUUGUUGUUUGGGUUUAUUUAUUUAUUUAUUCCAACGGUUUCUCCAUUUAAUAAUGGGUUAGUUGUAAAGCAGGCCUACUUGGUCUCAAAUCAUGUCAUUGCAUUUUCUGUAUCUUUGUCUUAUAAUUUUGGCUGUUCAGUUUUCAAUGUUUUUGUUUCCCAUAUUUAUUUAUUGUGUUAUAUGCUUUGCAAUCUAAAUCUUAUGAACUAGAAUGAUGAUAGUGACUUUGCUGCUAUUAUAACCUCAUUGUUUGUUACUCAGUUGAUAUAGGCCCCCCCUAAAUAAUUAGGUCUAGGCCAGGGUAUUUUUAUUCUUUGAAAGAGCUGUAGAAUAUACUAAGAAAAUGUAAUUGAUCCCAAUAACUUUGCAAAUGAAAAGACAAUAAUCUUACUCUGUGCUUACUGGUAGCCGCUUACCAUACCAAUUUUGUACAGAGAACCGAGGUACAAUAUUUGUAUUAAAGAUUUGUUUCAAAAGUAGUCGAAAACUUAAUGUUGUGCUAGGGCGAAUCAUGCCUAACUAAUCCACAUAAAUCGGAUAUGAUAUGAUAAUGUUUCCAUGACUGAUGGAGAUAUUCAGGAUUCCGUCGCUAAUGCGGUAGACGAUGAUUGGGUUUCUCUGUUACACUACAAAGCUUUACCCGAAGUAAAUGUUUGCUCAUUUCAAUAAAUUUCUAUUUUGAAAUUUAACUCUUGUCUAUUAUUACUUACUUUUCUCUCUGGUACAACUACAGUGAAGAAGAAGAGUAAACAGUUUGACAAAUCAGUAAAAUAUAUUCGGUAAUCGCACCGAAAAAGGUUACGACAAAAUGUCCUUAAAUGUACGGGAAUUGUCCAUGAAUUUUCUAUCCAGAAUGUAGUAGACACCCUGAUAGAUUAGCUCACACUAGAGAGCGACCAUCAUAAGUGCACUAUAUGUGGAAAAUCCUUCAAAACCAUUACUUGCACGAAGCAAUUUACAUCAUUUCACACAGAAGAGCGACCUCAUAAGUGCACUACAUGUGGAAAAUCCUUCAUAACUAAGUACUAUAUGAAGAAACACACAUUAUUUCACACAGAAGGGCGACUUUAUAAGUGUUCUUAUGUGGAAAAUCAUUCCAAACAAGUGUCCAUGUAAAGAGGCAUAAAUUAGUACACAAUGUUGAGUGAUCUCAUAUUUUGCAUAUUUUUGUCGAUAUUUUGGAAGGUGGAACUUGUUGUUUAGCAAAGGUAUAUGUAUUGUUUAUCAAUCGUGUCCCCUGCGUCCAAAAGGUACUUGCACAUCAACACUUACAUAUUUUAACCUUGCCAAGCCGUUUGAAAAUCAAAAAUGUAACAUUUAAUUUUUGGCCAAGUAUCGCCUUUUUCGGAUGCAUAAUCUUUUCUUCUAAUUGUUAACCUACUUUAGAAUUGUAUUUUGGCUGGAAAACUAUAUUUUGAUGUCUAAUGUGAAAGGGAACUACAAAAAAAAAAAUGGUUUCAGCAAUCUGACACAUACUUUAUGAGGUUUAUUGUUUUGUAAAUAAGAUACAACUUUGGGUUUCCGCAAUCUCAACCGGUUAGAAUAAUACAUGGAAAGUACAUCAUUGGUUAUGUACCACGAAUGGUUUGAAAUUAAAUUUUCAUGUGUUAAGCUCUUCGAGGAUGUGUUGGUUAGUCUAUGCCUAUGCAUUAUACAUGUUUUUGAAAAGGAUUUCCCUUUUACUGUUAGUCUUCUUCCUGCCCUUUAAUACCUCAGUUGCGUUUAGCCAUACAUACGUGUUUGUUUAGUUUUUAAUAAAAAAUAAAUAAAAUGGAAACAUUAGGCUGUGGCGGAGAAUUUUUAUUAUUACACCCAGAGUGGAAACUCUCACAUUAGUAUUGGUGGUUU